GGUGUGUCCCUGGUAACGCUGGUUCCACUGUUCCCGUGUCAGCUACUUCAUCUUCCUCAUCCCCCACUGAGGUUUGGCUGAGCCAGGCUUCUCGGCUGCUGCAGUACCUCGCGCUGUAUCUCACCUGGCCAGCAGGUGGGCCGCAUCACCGCGCCGCUGUCUGGCGAGCUCACUGUGCCUUUAGCCAGAGCGCCAGGGGCACGCCUCCAAGGCUCCCUCUCCUCUGCAGGAUGAAGAACUCGAUGCUGGAAGUGGUGUCCCUACUCCUGGAGAAGCUGCUCCUCAUCUCCAACUUCAAGUUCUUCAGUUCGGGCCACCCGGGCGAAGACAAAGGGAGGAACAGUUUCUAUGAGGUCAGUUCUUUCCUACGAGGUGACGUGCUGGAGGUGCCCCGGACACACCUGACCCACUAUGGCAUCUACCUGGGUGACAAUCGUGUCGCCCACCUGAUGCCCGACAUCCUUUUGGCUCUCACCGACGACAAGGGACGCACUCAGAAGGUGGUCUCCAACAAGCGUCUCAUCCUGGGCGUCAUUGUCAAAGUGGCUAGCAUCCGCGUGGACACAGUGGAGGACUUCGCCUAUGGAGCCAACAUCCUGGUCAAUCACCUGGACGAGUCCCUGAAGAAGAAGGCGCUGCUCAACGAAGAAGUGGCACGGAGGGCUGAGAAGUUGCUGGGCAUAACUUCCUACAGCCUGUUGUGGAACAACUGCGAGCACUUCGUGACAUACUGCAGAUAUGGCACCCCGGUCAGCCCCCAGGCGGACAAGUUUUGUGAGAAUGUGAAGAUAAUUAUUCGUGAUCAGAGAAGUGUUCUUGCUUCAGCAGUCUUGGGACUGGCGUCUAUAGUCUGUAUGGGCUUGGCGUCAUAUACAACACUCCCAGCAAUUUUUAUUCCAUUCUGCUUAUGGAUGGCUGGCUAACUUCAUAUGCCUGCAUCAGUGUGUGUAUCCUGUUUGUAAAUAUGUUUAUAUUAUAGAGCACCAAUCAGUAUGAAGCAUUGUUAAGAAAAAUGUGACCUGUAAGAUUGUGUUCCGGAUAAAAAAUGUGAUUUAAAAUCACGCAAAAUGCUUACUGUGUAAGCCCAAGAACAAAGGCUUUCUGAAUCUUCCUAGGCAAGUCCAUUUUAAAGUACCAUCCAAACCUUGGAAAUAGGACAGCUUGCGACAGAAUUCAGCAAUACAAGAAAACCAGCCCCUAAUUUGAUGGCCACAGGAGAUUGUGGGGAUUUUGUUUUUGUUUUGUGUUCUCUCCUGUAAUCACUGGUGUUCUGCUAGGCUGAGUUUGAAGAUCAGAAGAUUUAUUGAAUUGAUACCCUUAACUUUA